UUGUCGUUCAGCAGCCGCAUCUUCGUUGCCAUCCUUCAUUUGCUAUUAGUUCUUUAUUCAAAAGGCUGUGAGCUUAUCACCAUUCCGCUAUGUAAAGGUAUUGGCUACAAUAUGACAUCGUUUCCAAACAGCUACGGUCAUGAGAAGCAAGAAGAAGCAGGACUUGAAGUGCAUCAGUUCUUUCCGUUGGUUGAGUAUGGUUGCUAUCAGCACCUGAAAUUCUUCCUGUGCACUCUGUACACACCAAUCUGUCAAGAGAACUACGACCGACCGAUUUUACCGUGCAUGGAAUUAUGCUUGGAAGCGAAGAAACGUUGUAGUCCUAUAAUGCAACAAUAUGGCUUUCGAUGGCCUGAGACGCUAUCAUGUGAGAAUCUGCCUAUGAUAAAUGAACAAGCUUCUGGUAACAUCUGUGCAGCACCUCCAGACACUCCAAAGGCAUUUAACCAAAAUUUAAGGAUUGAUGAAAAGACUGCUUCUCUGGACACCUCUGGGAAGAAAGAGUUGAUAUCAGGAUGGAUGGGAACCUGGGCAUUCGCGUGCUUCUUUCUGUCAGCGUUCACCUUUCUGACUUUUCUGAUCGAAACGGAUCGUUUUCAAUAUCCUGAACGACCGAUAUUUAUGCUCGUCUUCUGCCAAUUGAUGGUCGCUGUUGGCUUUAUCAUUCGUGUCUCCGCCGGACACGAACAGAUCGCGUGUGAUUCGUAUAAGAUCAAAGGCAUCGAUGAGAGCAACGGCAGCCUUUGUUUUGUGGUUUUUUUGCUUACAUACUUCUUUGGAAUGGCCGCUUGUGUAUGGUGGAUUAUUCUAUCGCUGUCAUGGGUUUUGGCUGCGGCUUCAAAAUGGUCAAGUGAAGCUAUAGCCAGCUAUUCGGCUCAUUUCCAUGCUCUUGGAUGGCUCAUACCGGCUGCCCAGACGAUUGUCGUUUUGGUUUUUAACGCAAUCGAUGGCGAUCCGGUAUCGGGUAUGUGCUAUGUGGGAAAUACCAACGUAAAUCAUCUCCGGAUGUUCGUAUUAGGACCUCUAAUCAUUUACUUUUCUCUCGGAGUACUGUUUCUCUUUGUCGGCUUCUUCAAUUUGUGGAGGAUACGAAACGAGGUUCAAAAACAACAUCCAGGACUUUGUAACGCUUCAAAGUUAACAAAUCUGAUGACAAAAAUCGGAACAUUCUCUGUUCUCUACACUCUGCCUGCGUUAUUCGUCAUUCUGUCGUUGUUCUACGAACAACAUCAUCGCCCAUUAUGGGAGCAGAGCAUCACUUGCACUUGCGCCGAUCGUAAGCUAACAGCAGGUGACGCUUCUUUUAUGCUGUCAAUGGUCAAGUCGUUCUGCAUGUGUGUGAUGGGAUUGACCAGUGCAGUAUGGGUGUGUAGUCGAAAGACACUCAACUCCUGGGCAAAUGUAAUUUGUUGCUUGGGAAAUGCUCCAUCGACAACGAAAUAUCAACCAACCGAUGUUCUUUACGCUAAAAGCGAUUUCUCUUCUCCUCAAUUCUACAACACCGCCUUACGACAAAAUCAUUUAUAUGCCGGUAUUCCGGUGCCGGAGAAACUAUAA